AGGUUCGGUGGCCGAGGAUGGAUUGUCCUCGCACGCCUCUCCUUGGAUCAAGCUCCAUUUCCAAUGGUCAUGGUUCGUCUUGGAAAGAUUCGCUCUUCUUCUCGUGGCUCAAUCCUCUGCUCGCCACCGGCGCCAAGAAGCCACUCCAGCGAUGCGAUGUUCCAGCGCUGCGCGACCAGGACGACACCGCCGAGAGAACACACGCGGGAUUGAUCCAAGCGCUAUCCAAGGUAGGAGACGAUCACACCCCCUCGAGCCUCUUCUGGGCGAUCGCGCGAUGCCACUGGCGGGAGAUCUGGCGCACAGGAGCGCUGGCACUGGUGAAAACCAUCGCCAUCUCUUGUAACCCACUGUUCCUCCGCUACUUCACGAGAUUCGUUGCUGCUAGCAAUGGUGGCGGUGGCUUGCCGGGGAGAACAAGAGGCUAUCUUCUCGUGGCCGCCCUCUUCUCCGCCAAGAUCCUCGAAUGUCUGUCACAGCGACACUGGUUUUUUGGCGCUCGCCGCCUGGGCCUUCGCCUUCGAUCGUCGCUCGUCGCCGCCAUCUACGCCAAGGAGCUCAAGCUCUCGCAUCAAUCCCGCCAGCGCCAUGCCAGCGGCGAGAUCGUCAGCUACAUCUCUGUGGAUGCCUAUCGCCUGGGAGAGUUUUUCUGGUGGUCUCACCAGCUCUGGACGGUUCCACUCCAGAUCUCCAUCGCUCUCGCCAUCUUGGUCUCCACUGUUGGCCUGGCAACGCUCUCGGGGCUGCUCGUCAUCCUCAUCACCGCCGCCAUCCAAGCUCCACUCGCGAAGAUCCAGCAGCGAAACCAGUAUAACUUGAUGGUUGCCCAGGAUCAGCGAUUGCGAGUGAGCAGCUCCAUUCUCUCCAGCAUGAAGAUCAUCAAGCUCCAGGCCUGGGAGAGAUACUUCCAGCAACUUAUCGAGAGCUUUCGUGCUCGAGAGUAUGCGUGGCUCUAUGGAGUGAAGCAAAUCUGGGCUGCCGGGAGCGUCAUGUUUUGGAUGUCUCCGGUCGUCACCGCCUCGGUGGUCUUCGCGACUUGCAUCCCUCUCUCGAUCAAGCUCGAUGCCACACUCGUGUUCACAGUGCUCGCCACCUUUCGGGUGAUUCAAGAGCCCGUGAGAAAUCUCCCCGACGUUCUUACCGCGAUGAUCCAAGCUCGGGUGUCGCUCGAGAGGCUCUCCAAGUUCUUCCAGGACGCGGAGCUGCAAGAGGACGCAGUGGAGAGGGAUUUUUUCUCGCGGCAACACGACGUGAUCUCUAUUGACUCGGCCACCUUCGCCUGGGAAGAAACUGGAAAGUUCUCUUUGGCGGAUUUGAGCUUGAAAAUCACGAGCGGAGAGCUCAUCGCAGUUUGUGGUGCUGUUGGAUCUGGAAAAUCUACACUCUUGCAUUCGAUUCUUGGAGAAGUUCCAAGAUUUUCUGGCAAGGCCAAAGUUUGUGGAAGCAUAGGUUACGUCUCGCAGACCGCUUGGAUCCGGAGUGGUAGCGUUCGAGAGAACAUUUUAUUCGGGGAGGCCAUGGACAAAACUUUCUACGAGCGAGUGAUCAAGGCUUGUGCUCUCGAGGAAGAUCUCGCAGGCUUCUCUCACGGGGAUUUAACCGAGAUUGGUGAGCGAGGACUCAACUUGAGCGGGGGGCAGAAGCAAAGGCUCCAACUCGCGAGAGCUUUGUACGCGAAUGCGGAGAUUUAUCUUUUGGACGAUCCUUUUAGCGCUGUUGAUGCUCAAACUGCUGCUACGUUGUUCCAGGCAUGUAUACUCCAAGAACUGAGGAACAAAACAGUGAUAUUGGUUACUCACCAAGUGGAGUUUCUUUCAUCAGUGGACAAGAUCCUGGUGAUGGAGUCUGGACGCAUUGUCCAGUCCGGGAGCUACCAAGAACUUCUCAUCAGCUCCGGGAAUAUUUUUUCGAGGCUCGUGAACGCUCACGAGGACUCUUUUAUCUUCCAAGUUCAUCACACCAACAGCGAAAGCCAUCGCCACGAAACUUAUCAAAGACAGCUCUCGAAGUCGAGCGAGAACAAAACUUCUUACCAACAAUUGAUCCAGGACGAAGAGAUCGCAGCAGGGAACCUGGGACUAAAACCAUACCUCGACUACAUCGACGGAAGUGGUAGUCGAUCUUUGCUGGGAUUAGUGCUCGUUUUCCAAGCUCUCUUCGUUUUUGGAGUGCUUUCGAGCAACUAUUGGCUGGCCACACAAGUUGCGAAUCCCAACACGAGCGUCCAAACUUUGAUUGGGGUUUUCACAGCGAUCUCCUUCGCCAGCACUGGACUUGUCUAUGCCAGAGCUCGAUUCCUUGUUAGCAUCGGCUUGCGAGCUUCUCGGGCCUUCUUCUCGGGUCUUAUAAACUCGCUCUUUCGUGCACCCAUGGCGAUGUUUGAUUCAACUCCGCUCGGGAGGAUUCUCAGCAGAGCUUCGUCGGAUAUGAGCAUUUUGGACGUAGAAGUGCAAAGCUACUUCAAUUUUUCCUUAUCGGGAUUGUCCGAAAUGGUCGGAAUGGUGGUGAUUAUCACGCUCGUCACCUGGCAAAUCCUCUUUGUAGCCAUUCCAACCCUCGCUAUUCUUUGGAGAAUCCAGAGGUACUACUUAAAAACUGCUCGGGAACUCGUCCGGAUCAACGGGACGACGAAAGCACCGGUUCUAAACCACACUGGAGAAACUGUGAAUGGCGCCGUCCCUAUUCGAGCGUUUAGAAAACAAAGCAUGUUUACGCGAGAAAACAUGAAACUCGUCAACUCGGAUGCUUCGGUUUCUUUGCACACUUACGCCGGAUACGAGUGGCUUUCCCUUCGAGUGGAGUUUCUUGGGACGAUCGUGCUUUUAACUGCGGCUUUGCUCGUAGUGAUCUUUCGAGAUCAACUCUCCUCCGGUUUUGCUGGUCUCUCUCUCACCUAUGCGUUUGCUCUAAAUGGCUGCCAAGUUUUCUUGAUCCAAGCCGUAAGUUACUUAUCGGGCUACAUUGUUGCUGUGGAGAGAAUAAGCCAGUAUAUGAAGUUGCCAGAGGAAGCUCCUUUGGUUAUCAAAUCAAAUCGACCACCAGCGGAGUGGCCUGCGCAUGGAGAAGUUGAGCUCCAAAAUUUACAAAUUCGAUACAGAACCAACAGUCCUUUGGUGCUCAAAGGAAUCUCAUGUAUGUUUCCCGGAGGCAAGAAAGUUGGACUUGUUGGACGAACUGGAAGUGGCAAGACGACGUUGAUCAGUGCCUUGUUUCGCUUGAUUGAGCCCGACGGUGGUCGGAUCCUUAUCGAUCGCAUUGAUGUCACAACCAUCGGACUGUUUGAUCUGAGAACCCGGAUUGGAGUCAUUCCUCAAGAAGCUUUCUUGUUUCGAGGAACUGUACGCUCGAACUUGGAUCCACUGCAGCAGUUCUCGGACGAGCAAAUCUGGCAAAGCUUGCGAAAGUGUCAGCUUUUGAAAGCUGUGAAGGAAACCCCAAAGCAGCUCGACUCACUCGUGAGCGAUGAUGGCGAGAACUGGAGCGCUGGGCAGAGGCAGCUCUUUUGCCUGGCUCGGGUUUUGCUCAAACGGAGCAAAGUUCUCGUCCUCGACGAAGCUACUUCGUCGAUCGAUUCCACCACCGACGCUGUUCUCCAGAAAGUUAUAAGGGACGAGUUUAGCGACUGCACAGUGAUCACGGUUGCUCAUCGAAUUUCCACUGUUAUAGACAGUGAUCUCAUUCUCGGCCUCAAAAAUGGAUACAUGGUUGAGUGUGAUUCUCCUCAAGCUCUGCUUGACAACCAAAACUCUCUCUUUGCAAAGCUGGUGGCGGAAUACUGGUCAAGUUGUGAUAAGUGAAUCGCAAUACUUUAGCGCCAAAGGUAAUAUCAAUUAGUCACCAACUUUUAGCACCACCUUUCUAAUAUAGUAAGAGUUUGAUUUUUAAAAGUCUAUUACUUUAAUCACAAUGUAGCUCAAUUUGUCAAACAAACUACAUGUUUUUACUUGUUA